GGGAACUUCUGACUUGUUCGCUACCUGCUCCAAAAAUGAUAUUCGGGUGUGGCACACCCCAGAAAACAGGGAACUGCUACGAAUCGUCGUCCCCAACAUGACCUGCCAUGCCAUAGAGUUUAUGAGGGAUGGCAAGAGCAUCAUUUCAGCUUGGAAUGAUGGGAAAAUCCGCGCCUUCAUGCCAGAGACUGGACGGCUAAAGUAUGUGAUUGACCAUGCCCAUAGCUUGGGAGUGACAGCAAUUGCUGCUACAAGUGACUGUAAACGGAUCAUUAGUGGAGGAGGUGAAGGGCAGGUGAGGGUCUGGGAGAUCGGUGAGAGGACUCACAAACUGGGCGAAGUUCUGAAGGAGCACGUAUCUGCUGUGUCCUGCAUCAAGAUUAAGAAGGACGACCGAGAGUGUGUCACAGCCAGCCUUGAUGGAACGUGCAUCAUCUGGGAUAUCGUGCGUUUUAUAAGAAGACAAAUGGUUCUAGCCAACACGUUGUUCAAAUGUGUGUGUUACCAUCCUGAAGAGUACCAGAUGAUCACCAGUGGAACAGACAGAAGGAUUCGGUACUGGGAAGUAUUUGAUGGCUCUGCAAUCAGAGAAGUGGAAGGAUCUGUAUCGGGUUCCGUCAAUGGGAUGGACAUCACAUCAGAUGGGGCGUACUUUGUCACAG